UUGUAGGUGUAUUGCUUGAUUGUUCUACCCCUGUUCCCACUCUCCCUACCCCCCGUGUUCUGUGAUUACCGGGACUUCUCAAGUACCGCAUCGGUUCAGACUGAUGUCGACGGGACAGGACACCGGGGCACUGCCACGACGCAGUGCCAGAAUCGCAGUUCGUGCCCGCCCUGUAGUACCUCAAAGACCGAAGAAACUCAGCAGGCGGACGACUCCAGCAGCAUCAAGUACGGCAUUGACGGUACAAGACGCCACCGGAGAUCAUCCCGCAUACCCAGUCCGAGGAGCCAAUGAGCCAACGGCUGAUUAUCGUGGGCGGCUACUGGCAUUUACGGAAGCCGUAGCUGCCGUCGAGGCCCGGAAGGAGACAGCAGAGGCAGAACGUCAGCGGYUAGCCAAUGAAGCGGCAGCCGAAGCUCAGCGAACGACUGAGACUGACGCAGAGACACGAGACAGACGGAAUGCCAGCAGCACGGAGUCCUUGCUUGCUUGUGAGCAUCAGUGGACGACGAUACUCCAAGGCAUGAUCUUUGUGCCCACGAAAGCGCAGGCAGACCCGACACCGACGGAGGCAGAGAGAAGUAACCUGGCUAACUUGCUGCUGGGCAUGAUGAGAGGAUUGCGGUCGACACUCGGCAACGAGUACAACUAUACUACGUUCCAGGCCAUUCUGGAUAGAACGAACCUAGUCAUCCAAACGGACGACAAGGCCGCUAACGAGAGGCAAUCCCAGCCGCAUUAUGUGGCUAAACAGGCCUAUCAACGUCCGGCACAUAACAAUGCCGUGUUUUCUAAGGAAAUCGACGACCACCACGCUGCGGCAACAUCCUCGAGUGAUGGAGGAAUGGUCGCAGCACUCCCGCCGAAGCGUCCGAAGAGAGUUCGCAAGAACAAGGCGACACAAGAGACAGCGGCGACGGGAGCUGKGCAGMAGCCRUGGASGGCUUAUAAGAUCACCAAGGAGGUCUAUGACCUUCGUCAAAAAAUUCGCGACGCCAUUGCUCGGAAUGACGUCGAGGAGAUGGGCCUUGUAUUCUUGCAUGCUCUCCCCUCGCCGGACGGACCAGCCGUGUCACCGCCGGACCCACGCAUUUCYCACCUCUUGGACGAGUAUAGAGACGUCUUCAAGGCUCCCACCGAAACGGUUCCGGAUCGGCCCAUACGUCACGGGAUCACUCUCGAGGCUGGCGCCGUCCCUCCGCGUGGAUGUAUCUACCGCAUGAGCGAAGAGGAACUCGAGGUGCUUCUCGCACAACUCGAUGAUCUUCUCAACAAGGGUUGGAUUCGCCCUAGUUGCUCGCCAUACGGUGCACCUGUUCUCUUCGUCCGGAAGAAGAACAAAGAYCUACGGUUAUGCAUCGACUAUCGGAAACUUAACGCACAAACCGUAAAGAACGCCGGCCCUCUCCCUCGGAUUGAUGAUCUCCUUGAGCGGUUAGGCGGCGCGACGUACUUCUCGAAGUUGGAUYUGAAGUCAGGUUACCACCAGAUCGAAAUCCAGCCUCAAGACCGGUACAAGACCGCGUUCAAGACACGGUAUGGGCAUUUUGAGUGGGUUGUCAUGCCAUUUAGCCUCACCAAUGCCCCCGCUACGUUUCAAGCAGCAAUGACGACUGAGUUUCGCGACUUGCUCGAUCACAGCGUCCUCAUUUACCUUGAUGAUAUUUUGGUCUACAGCAGGACGUUGGACAAGCAUAUCAUACACCUUCGCGUUGUCUUGAAUCGUUUGCGACUAGCCAAGUACAAAGCGAAUCUCCACAAAUGCGAAUUCGCCAAGCAAGAGCUUGAGUACUUGGGCCAUUUUGUCACGCCGAAAGGCAUUCGUCCCUUAGCGGACAAGAUCCAAGCCAUCGUGGAUUGGCCGGAACCCCGUUGCACGACRRRURUACGCUCUUUCAUGGGAUUGGCUGGAUAUUAUCAGCGUUUCGUCGAGUCAUACUCGAAAGUGGCCGCUCCUUUGUCGAGACUUCAGUCCCCGAAGUUCGAUUUUGACCCGUGUCAAUUUCCCGGUCCCGCCAAUCGAGCUGCGGACGCCCUCUCACGACGGCCCGACUUUUGUGCCAUUGUGACCACGGCAUUCGACCUCGAUAACGAUCUGCAGCAGCAUUUCGUCAAAGGCUACAAGUCGGAUCCGACGUACUCUACGCUUUAUGCGGAGCUUUCAUCGGAUCACCCGCCGGCUAGCCAUUACCGGAUUUCCGACGGGUUCCUUCUCCUUCACACGAGAGGAACGGACUUGUUAGUUGUGCCCCAAGAUCGUAUCUUACGGACUCGUCUUCUCGGCGAAUUCCACGAUGCACGACUUUCGGCACACCUUGGCGUGAACCGCACACUCGCACGCCUCCGCCAGCGUUUUCACUGGCCCGACGUUCUUCACGACGUCAGAAGGUUCAUUGAGUCAUGUGCAGUUUGCCACCGUAACAAGGGUCGAUCUCGAGUCCCCUUCGGCAAACUGAAACCGUUACCGAUCCCUCGGGCACCACGCCUCUCCAUUGCUAUGGACGURACAGGCCCGUUUCCCCGCGAUCGCCACGGCCAUGACGGCAUUCUCACGGUCGUUGACCGUUUGAGGAAGUAUGCUCGUUUUCUUCCUUGCAAGUAUCAUGCUGCAGCGCCUGAGCUCGCACGACUCUUGCACACCGGUUGGAUUACCAACCAAGGUGUUUCGGAAGACAUAGUGAGCGACCGAGACACUCGUUUCAUGUCAGCCUUUUGGACUUCUCUCAUGACGGAGUCCGACACGACAAUGAAGCCGAGCUCGGCUCGGCACCCGCAGACGGAUGGUCAGACGGAGCGAGCGCACCAGACCGCUCAGAUGAUGUUGCGUACGCUCAUCCGUCCCGACCAGAAAGAUUGGGUUGACCGGCUUCCCGACAUCGAGUUCGCCUACAACACUUCGGUGCACCCGGCGAUCUGCGUCACACCAUUCGAGCUACAUCAUGGUGGAGAGAAAGCACGGAUUUUCGCUGAUCUCCUUUUGCCACAGGUUGCCGAUAUAGACGUCCCUUGCUCUCCCGCUUCUGUCAGGAAGUAUCGGGACUUGCUGAUCAAAGCCCGCGCGAAUAUGCAAAAGGCUCAGCAGCAAGCUAACCGACGUCGACUUCCAUGUCCUUUCCGCGAGGGAGACCUUGUUUGGGUCCUCUCCGAGGAAUUUGCGCUCGAGCAGAAUGUUUCGCGCAAACUCCUUCCGAAAUGGUUCGGACCACGGGAAGUCACUUCUGUCGUUGGAGACGACCCCGUCGGUCCUUCCUUCUUGAUCAACAUUCCACCGCACCUAACAGUGCAUCGGGUCUUCCAUGCAUCGAAGUUGGCCAUCUACAUGCCACCUCCAGCUGACGAAUUCCCUGGACGUCGAUCACAGGAUCCGCCUUCUAUGGACGGACAUCAGGAAGUUGACCGAGUCAUCACGCACCGCAAGUAUGGCAACAAGCCAAGGCAGUACAAGGUCACAUUCAAGCAAUGUGCGCCUGAUGACACUCGGUUGAUCUCCAGUGAAGAUUUGGAGACUUCUGCACCCCUCAUCUUCGUAGACUAUGAGAAGCGACGCCUUGCUAAGGACGCAGCUCGUCCCGCCCGACCCACCCCGGUAUCGGACAGACAACUUCGCCCUCGCAGUUAGCUCGAACUUUUAAGAGGGGGAGUGUGUUACAUCUUCGACUCACACGGGUCCUACCGGACCCGACUUAGGGCCGGAGGGACACACCAGGGCCUAAAGGCCCGACCUUUGGGGUUUACAGGCCCUUAAGGCCUGAUUUGGGACUAUCACCCAUCGGGUAGGCCCAAACGACACUUCGUUUGGGCCUGGCGGCGCUCUUGAAGCUGCCGCCCGCCGAUUGAGGCUGAACCGUCCAUCUGGACGGUUCAGGGUCUGGCCUGGCCUCGCAGCAUUGAGGCCAGACCAUUGCCCACCGGUAUAAGUACCGGUAUC